AUGGCUGAUCGACAAGAAUAUAGAGAAUUUUGGCAGUUUAUGAAAUUGCUUAACCAGCAUGUAAUAGUCCAUACAAUUCAAGAGCUUCAACAGCUUGCCUGCAAUCAGCCAGCCCGCCGUGACCAACGCGACUAUGGUGCAAUUGAAAAAAUGCGUUGUUUUGACAAAAAACUUCAAGACGGAGUUUGGACAACUGAGAGAUUCCUAUUAACAGUAUCAUAUCUCUUUCAAAACUUCAAAGUAGUUGCUUUGGAUGAAAAAUCAAUGAACGAGGUUGGUGAGAGUCUUCCUUUGCCAACUUCCACUUCAACAGAGUCACCGAAAUGCAUAUAUCCAAAGACAGUUAUUAGUAAAGGCGAUAAGUCGAACUUUCGAAGAAAAACAAAACCAUUUGUAAUUGAAGAUAAUGAGCUGUAUCAUCUGGGUAAAUCUGGCGUUAAGAGAAAAGUUAUUUGGUGCAAAGAAGAGCAACACCAUAUAAUUAAGUCUGUUCAUGAUGGUAAUGAUAUUUCUAAUGAGGCUAACGCAUUAUCUGGCCACAUAGGCAUCAAUUCAACAACAGAGCAUAUUAAAAAGAUAUUUUUUUGGUUUGGUAUGGUAAAAGACAUUACAGCCUAUGUUUCAGAAUGUGAAACAUUAUCCAACAUAUCGAUUCCAAAAGGUAACAUGAAACAUGUUGGGAUUGAUUUGACUCAACUCCCAGAAGUAAAUGGAUAUAAAUAUCUGAUAGUACUAGUUGAUUAUUUCAGCAAAUGGGUAGAAGCUGAACCUCUUUUUGAUAAAACAGCAAAAUCUGUUGCAAUAUUCUUGUAUAAACAAAUAUGUAGACACGGGUGUUUUGAAAUACAGAUUAACGAUCAAGGCCGUGAAUUUGUAAAUGAGCUUUCAAAUGAACUUCACAGAAAAACUGGGACUCGCCAACGCAUGACGAGUGCAUACCAUCCACAAGCAAACGGUUUAGUAGAACGUCAAAAUCAGUCAAUAAAACGAACAUUGGUAAAGGUGCUAGAAGAUGCUGCUCUUGAAUGGCCAUUUAUUAUUGACGGUGUUUUAUUUUCAAUGCGAAUUAGAAAACACAAAUCAACUGGAUUUUCACCCUUUGAAUUACUUUAUCAAAGAGAACCUUUUCUGCCGAUUGAUAUAGAUCAGAACCUAAUUGACUAUAAUGAUAAUGCUACUUUGAUUGAAGACGAUUCCCAAAACAAAAAAGCAAUUUUGGAAACAUUCAAUAAAAUGAAUGAAAUGAAGAAGUGUAUUUUCGAUGAAGCUUACGAAAACAUCCAAAAGUCACAAGUAAGGCAAAAACACAACUAUGACAAAAGAGUUAACCCAAAGAAUAGUAUUGCUAUAGGAACAAAAGUUUUAUUGCGAAAUCAUAAACGUGAUGACAGAAAAGGUGGAAUGCUUCUUAAGCCAUGGAUAGGACCAUACACGUACAAUCUAACAAGUUUGUCCUUGUACAAAGAAAAAACACUUUGUAAUGGAAGCAUUCAAAUAGAAGAAGUUAACAAAUUAUCAAAUGAUAAUGAUAUCAAAAUUGAACCAGUUAUCAAAGACGUUGAAUCAAGCAAGUCAUAUAUAAAUACUCAACAUGAAAGCUGUGUAAAUGUUUUAGACAAAGAAAUAGCAAAGUGUGCAACUUUUGAAAUGAGAAAAUUAAUUGCAGAAAAAGCAGUUUCUUUUAUCAUAACAGGAAGUGAGGAUGAGCAUAAGCAAAUUAGAGACAAGGUUGUUAACCAUAUGUGUAAUCAAAUACAUGAUGAAAUGACUGGAUAUUUGAGUAUGCCAAUUCAAACGCAUAUUUGUAAAACUAGGAUGCUUGAAGAUGCGACAUGGGCGACUGAUGCGGAGAAAAUUGGAUGUGCUUCAUUUAUGGAAGUAGAUAUUCAAGUAUACAGCAAAUAUGGAGAGAAAACAAAAUGGAUGAUCUACCCAUGCAGUUUACGGCUUAAUAAGUUAAGUGACUAUUCUAUAUUUUUAGACAAUUCAACUGGGUUCCACUUUGAUGUUGUGAAUAAUAGUUAA